AGGAAAAAGUUUUGAAAUGGUCCAAUAACUACAGAUCUACCUUCAUUCAUAUUGAUGCAUUUAUGAAUGCACUUAGUUCAAUCUGUCUUGUUGCACGAAUUCGUUUUGGAAAUGCCAAGAGGGCUGGAACAUAUUGGAGUUCCUGGGCCCGACUUCAUCACGGAACAACUGUCAUGUUGCGAGGACCCAGAGGAAUGGAUCAGUCGCUUCCAAAGCGACAACAGUGUCCUCUUACCUUCUCUGAGACCAGCACUGCCCUUGAUAGAUUUGCACGACAUACCGAGACGCGAGUUUCACAGUUCCCUAAUUGAAGUUCUCAAGGAGCAGUUCAGAAAGUGUCUAGAUGACGUUGGCAAAAAUACGUCUCCCAAAAAAGAAGCCGGUGAAUCCAGUGGCGAAAAGUCGGAACCGACACUAGGAAAUAACCCAGUUAUUCUGUCACUUGUCGAGAAAAAUUUUGUUUUGAUUGAUUUUGAGCCUUUGCAAGAUAUUUUAUUCGAUGCUCUGUCACGUCUUCCCGAAAUUCCAGAGAAUAUCUUGACAAAAAUUGAGAAAAAUAAAUUAAUUUACAGGCACAAGUUGUGUGCUUUGAGUGUGAAGCGUCAAAUUUGGCAGAAAAAUCAGAAUUUGUUUGGUGAAGAAAUAUCGCCCUUGUUGAGCGAGUACAUCAAAAGUAAAGAAGCAGUUAUGUACAGUACGAGUGAACAGAACUCGUUUAUGACGUCAGCACCGAAAUUGAGAAGACAGGGAUCAGUCGUGAAAAGGUUAACUGAGUUCAUUGGUGAUAACAUUCAUCUGUAUGACGUCAUAUUGCAGUUUUUGAGGACUUUGUUCGUGAAGACGCAGAAUGUACACUACUGUACUUUGAGGACGGAGUUGCUGAUGAAGUUUCAUGACGAAGAGAAGAAACUAAUUACCAAUGUGGACCCUUGCUACAGGUUCACAUGGUGCAUGGAUGCCUGUCUAAAGGAGCGCGAAGUGGACUCAAAAAGGGCCAAGGAGAUGUGCAACUUCGUACAUUCCCUAAAGAAAGACCAGAGCAGAGUGCUAGGUGACGUCUCAAUGAUAGUGUGUGAUCCUUACACAGUGAACACUUUAGUACACAGUGUAUUCAGACAACUUCAAGUGCUCGCCAAUCGCAAAGGACAGUUCCCAAAACGGAAUGACGACACACUACUGCUACUGAGGCUUCUCACUCUAGGCAUAUCCGCAUGGGAGAUCAUAGACAAACAGAACUUCAAAGAACCAAAAGUUGACCCCAAAAUCAUCAGCAACUUCUGUCCCUCUCUCCUCUGUCUUUUUGUGGACGAUCUCAUCAAACCCGUAGAGGAUAAUGUGGAAAAAAUGAACAAAUUAAUUGACCCCGCGGGAAUGUUGAAGCUAGAAGCCUCGAAAAAAUCCGAACAAGUAUCUGAUUCAAUUUACAGUGAAGAAAUUCCUGCGGCAUUUACUGAAGGAAUUGAGAACAGCAAAAUUGCUGUACAUAUUGCAGGGGCUUACUUGAACCAUCUUGCAAGAACCAAAAACCAACUCGCUCUCUUACGGGUUCUAAAUAGUGUUAUUCAAGCCGACACAAAGCUUCCUUACUCGGACAUGUUUCAGCAUCAGUUUAUUUUCUCAUUAGCGGGUAUGGCUGAAAACUUCAGGAAUGACGCAAAAUUCCGCAAUUUCAUUUUUGAACAGUAUCUGUUGCCCAAGACGAAGAAAGAUUCUGUUUUAAGACAUUCACUGAGACUGUUGUUUUUGCUGCAAAGAAAGUUAACGCGAAAUGUUUUUGAUGAUUUGUGCAAUCAGUUUAAACCGCCGGAAAAAUGCUCCCAGAUCACAGAUGAAUUGUAUAGAAAACUUUUUCUAUGAAGUGUUUUUCUGGUAAUUUACAUAAGUUUUUUGAAAUGAGUAAUUCAACUUUGGAGUGAUUUGUAUUUUUAUUG